AUUGCCAGCAUGGACUUGAAUGCCUCCCCAGAACCAGAAGAAGAUGAGGUUUUUCCCAAACCACAGUCAGAAGAAGAUAAUGUACAAUACUAUGAACAUGUUGACCAUGAGCAGAGUGGUGCUUCGAUUGCACGCCGGGUACCGUUCUGUCUUAUUUUGAACGAGCUAGAUGGGUUUUGAUUAUUGCAAUGUUAGUGGCAAAGCCUGUCUUUAGAUUAUGAUAAAUACGACUAUAGAUCCUGGACAAAUAUGCAAAGACAUAUAUUAGUGUGUCAUGCUAUGAUUAGAAGUCACACGUUGGUAAUGACUAAUGAUCUGAAUACCAGCCCUUGCAUCUUUUAAUCUCAAUGUUUUUGCAGAAUGGGGGAAGUCUUGUGUGACUCUAUGUGAGUUCAUCGUAUGUUUUAGCUUGAAUGUAUGCGUUAAUCAGAAGAAACCAUAUAAGAUAAUAUACUGGAAGCUAUAACAUUGGCGCCAGACACUAAUCUGCAUACUUAGAACCUGAUAUAUUUUUAUGGUUACCCGGUCCACUUUCCGAUUACCUGGUCCACCCUAUCUCUACACAUGUUCUUUUGCAUCAGGAGCGUGAAGAAAGGAUCCUAAGGAUGCGCAGACAGCAUCCUGAUGACAGACCCUCUUAUGGUUAUCAGCCAAGUCAGCGUGAUGAUGUGUAUAAAGCUAAAAGGCAGAGACCUAAUAGUAGACUUCCUCCAGGUUGGUUAGACUGCCCUGCAUAUGGGAGUGAGAUAGGAGGUUUUUUGAUCCCUUCAAAAGUUCCACUAGGCGAAUCAUUCAAUGAAGAAAUUCUACCUGGUAAAAGAUAUUCAUCAAAGCAGGUGGUUCAUCAACAGAGAGUUUUAAAUAGAAAGAUCGGUUUGGUGAUUGAUUUGACCAAUUCAAGUAGAUACUAUAAUCUCAAUGAUUGGAGGAAAGAAGGCAUUAAGCAUGUCAAGAUUCCAUGCAAGGGGCGUGAUUCAGUGCCUGAGAAUGAGGCUGUAAAUAAGUUUGUUUAUGAGGUCCAACAAUUUAUGUCUCGGCAAAGGCAACCCAAAAAGCAUAUUCUUGUUCACUGCACACAUGGGCAUAAUCGUACAGGGUAUAUGAUUGCCCAUUAUCUCAUGCGUACAUCGCCUAUGUCUGUCACUCAGGCAAUCAAGACAUUUUCGGAAGCACGUCCACCUGGGAUUUACAAACCAGACUACAUUGAUGCUUUGUAUAGUUUUUAUCAUGAAAAGAAACCAGAGAUGGUUGUUUGCCCUCCAACCCCAGAGUGGAAAAAAUCUUCUGAACUGGAUCUGAAUGGCGAUGCAGUGCCAGAUGAUGAUGAUGAUGAUGAUGGAGAUCCUACAGCUCCUCCAGAUGAGACUAAUGAGACACGGACAAUGCUUACAAAUGAUGACCUUCUGGGAGAUAACAUUCCCAGUGACCAAGAAGUAGUGAUGCGGCAGUUUGUAUACCAGACUAUGAAGUUGCCUGGAGGGGUUAGAGGACCUCAGCACUUUCCUGGCUCCCAUCCAGUUUCUCUCAACAGGGAGAACUUACAACUGUUAAGGCAACGUUACUAUUAUGCAACAUGGAAAGCUGAUGGUACAAGAUACAUGAUGCUUAUCACUAUAGAUGGCUGCUAUUUGAUAGAUAGGCAUUUCAGCUUUCGCAGAGUCCAAAUGCGAUUUCCUUGCAGACAUACUAAUGAGAAGGGAGGGGCUGAGAGAGUGUAUCAUCAUUUUACGUUGCUUGAUGGGGAGAUGGUAAUUGAUACUAUGCCUGAUACCCAGAAGCAAGAAAGAAGAUACCUUGUUUAUGAUAUGAUGGCCAUUAAUCAGGUUUCCCUUGUAGAGCGACCAUUUUAUGAACGUUGGAAAAUGGUUGAGAAGGAAAUCAUUGAGCCACGGAAUUUUGAGAGACAACACAUAUAUCAGAGUCAAAACCCUUACUAUAGAUAUGAAUUGGAGCCUUUCAGGGUAAGGAGGAAAGAUUUUUGGCUUCUUUCUACUGUGACAAAGCUCUUGAAGGGAUUUAUUCCAAAUCUUUCUCACGAUGCAGAUGGUCUUAUUUUCCAGGGCUGGGAUGAUCCUUAUGUUCCGCGGACACAUGAGGGUCUCUUAAAGUGGAAGUAUCCCGAAAUGAAUUCAGUAGACUUUCUCUUUGAGAUGGUUGAAAGUCACCAGAUUCUCUAUCUCCAUGAGCGCGGGAAGAAGAAAUUGAUGGAUAAUAGGGUUGUGUUUCCCGACGAUGGGCCUGAUGCAUCAGCAUAUAAUGGUAAAAUUAUUGAGUGUUCGUGGAACUCCAAGGAAGACGCGUGGGUUUGUAUGAGGGUCAGGGUGGACAAAGGGAACCCGAAUGAUUUCAACACAUACAGGAAGGUGAUGAGAAGUAUCAAGGACAACAUCACCGAAGAUGUAUUGUUGAACGAGAUCAAUGAGAUCAUCUGUCUUCCAAUGUACUCUGAUAGGAUACAAAGCGAAAGCAAAGUGCACAAUGCAUCACGUCGUAGGUGAACAAGAAGUUCGAUAAAUGAAGUGCACCUUUGGAGAAAAAUUACUUCUCUGCAGCACCUAAUACAAAAUGGAAGAUCUGCAAGAACCAGCCAACGAGGAAUGUUGUAUGUAAACCGAUCCGUGGGUGCACCAUCUCAUUGUUGUCGGAAAUGAUUCAAGAGGAAUCAUCUCCUGUUUUCCCCUCUUUUCUUAGCAUAGUCGUCUUAGGUGAUUCAAUAGGAUGAUGAUCCUUUGUAUAUUAUUGUUAUCAGCUGCAGUUGCCUUGAAUAGUAGUUGGUAAAUUUGUUUCAAAGAAGUGUGAAGAUUUUAAUUUA